AUGGCCACGGCUGACGAGUUUCCGUGCAUCCUAACAAUCGACACUCCCUUCCCUACCCACCGCCUGGCCAGCGCUGCCAUCCGCUCUCUCUCGGUCGAUCAGGAACUCUCUCCUCUGGUCCGUCGCGACUUUUCACUUCACCCUCCGUCAGAUGCUCCUCCGAACGCAGUAGAGGGCGACCCUCUUCGCGCUUCUCUCUUGACCAAUGCCGCCCCAACCACUUCGCUAGACGCUCUUCAGUCGAAACAGCCUACGUCUGAUCAAGAAGAUGCCACAGUCCUUCGCACUGUAUACCGCGCAACUACCAAUCGCAUGCUUCGUGUCUCUGUGAAUGGGUUCUUUGAGAGUCUCAACGUUGUCUUGCAGGUCAUGCAGGAACUAGACGUUGAUGUUCUCCAAGACAAAGGCCUCGAAGACCUUGAAGGUGCGCAGGGUGUCGAGCAAGGAAUGAUUGGAACCACAAAGACCGGUGCUUGA